GAAAUUUACAACGCAUUCAAGCAUUCAGAAAAGUAAACGAAAAUCACUGAUAAAAAAUAUCCGGCAUCUAUACGUAUCCUCCGCGGCCAAGCUAUAACUGGAGGAAAAAAGGUCUGCAAACGUUAACGUCCUUUGUGUCUGGAUAGAACAUUUUGUUGUGAUCUUGGUGCGUUGGAUAAAACGUGAGCACAAUGGCCUCGGAUGGAAGAGCAAGCUGGGGCAACCAGAUCGAGUUCAUACUGACGCUGGUUGGGUUGGCAGUCGGUCUGGGCAAUGUCUGGAGGUUCCCUUACCUCGUCUUCCGAAAUGGCGGAGGUGCGUUCCUGAUCCCUUACUUCCUGAGCCUAUUCAUCCUGGGUAUCCCGCUGUUCUUUAUGGAGCUGAGCUUCGGUCAGUUUGCCAGUCUGGGGCCCGUCAAAAUAUGGGCCAUCAACCCCGCCAUGAAAGGGCUGGGCUUCUCCAUGGUGCUCGUGUCCGCGUUCAUCGCUCUCUACUAUAACGUGAUCAUCUCCGUCUGCGUCUACUACUUCUUCGCGAGCAUGACCAGCAAGCUGCCGUGGAGCACGUGCGAGGACUUUACCUGGGCAUCGUGCUACUGCCGGGACUCCACCAUGAACAACUCCGACCCGGACCCUUGGAACUCCACAAGGAUGGAAUGCGUGAGGCAAUUCAACGCAACGCCGUUUGAGCGUGACAAAGUCACCAGCCCGAGCGAGGACUAUUUCAACCGCCGGGUCCUGCAUCUAUCGUCGAAUUUAGCAGACAGCGGAACUGUACGAUGGGACUUGGCCUUGUGCUUACUGCUGGCUUGGACUCUUGUGUUCCUCGUGCUGACUAAGGGAAUCAAAUCUUUAGGAAAGGUUGUGUACUUUACGGCUAUCUUCCCGUAUAUCAUUCUGACAAUCCUACUUAUUCGAGCGGUCACUCUGGAAGGGCACAGGGAAGGCGUAGACUUCUACCUAAAUCCCGACAUUGAAAAGCUCGGAAGUGCUGCGGCUUGGUCCGAUGCAGCUGUCCAGAUUUUCUAUUCAUUGAGUGUCGGCCAGGGAGGCCUGAUUGCUAUGGCCAGCUACAACCAGUUCAACAACAAUGUCUUACGUGACGCCCUCUUGGUGCCGAUCAUCGACGCUGGGACGUGCUUCUUUGCUGGCUUCGUCAUCUUCUCUACACUGGGCUUCAUGGCGCACAACAAGGGCGUCUCGGUGGCCAAUGUGGCGGUGGGAGGUCCUGGCCUUGCAUUUAUUGCGUACCCAGAAGCUAUUGCCCAGAUGCCUGUUGCUCCUCUGUGGUCCAUUUUGUUUUUCCUGAUGAUGAUGACGCUGGGGUUCAGUUCUCAGUUCUCAAUAGUGGAGACCGUGCUCACUGGUUUGACCGACGAAUUCCCGAUCCUCAGCAAGUCCAAGAAGCACGCUCUCAUCUUCCGAGGCUCCUGCUGUGUAUUAGGCUUCCUCCUUGGGCUGCCUAUGGUUUCUGAGGCGGGUUUCCAUAUGCUGGACAUCGUCGACAACGCUACUGGUGGCUUCCCAUUGUUGUUCGUGGGACUGAUCGAAGUCAUCUGCAUCAUCUUUGUAUACGGUUACCAAAGAUUCCGUCGUGAUAUCGAGAUGAUGAUUGGAGCUACGAAGUUCACUCGCUACAUGUUCUACUACUUUGCCCCAAUGUGGAUUGUAUUUACUCCAUUGGGAUUGUUGGCAGUGAUCAUAUUCCGUUGCAUUCAGUACGAGCCCCUAUCGGUCACUACUCCAGACAUAUUUCCCGCCUGGGCUGACGCCAUUUGGUGGCUGAUCGUCAUCGCAUGCUUCAUCGCCAUCCCGGCUCUGUUCUUCGUGAAGUUUUGUAAAAAUGGCGGAAAUGUGGUUCUUCACAAAGUAACAAGCCCCUCCGCUGCAUGGCGCCCGCAGUUGUCUGCCAAUUGCACGGGAGACUACAGCAAAUUUGCUGCUGUCAAAUCAAAAAAAGAACAAUCACCGGAAAAAGAGACAGAAUUUGACAUUCAUGACAUCGUCGCCAUGCCUACACUCGAGGCUCACCUAACUGCAACUGCUCGCGAGGAAAGCGAGAUGACCAAUGGUACCGUUCUGGAAACCUAUGAUGCAUCCGGGCUUGGCUACGACAACAUGGGCUAUCACCGUGGUUACGAUGUCUCGGAGUAUAAGGCGCAUAAUGCGGGAUUCAAUCAGGGCAAUGACAAGGAAGAGGGCACGAGCGAAAGCUCUGCACGGGUGCAUCACCCGGUAGCGACUAAACUUUGAAUGAUGAAAGGUUGUGCUCAUGCAGCUUCAAUACACCCAAAUAAUUGAUGCUGGCUAAAGUUGAUACCAAGUUUAACUAAACACUGUCUUUUUAAUUCCCGAGUUAAAGCAUUAUGUCCACAAGGCAUUGUUUCAUUCAAGUGUUAUGUUUAACAAAGAUGCUUUACUGUUAAUAAUCACCAAACUCACAUUAUUCGUAUUUUGAACAGUUAAAUAUAAUUAAUACAAAAACGUAGAAAUAGUUGGUGUUGAAUAGUUAGAUGAAAAUUUAGUGUAUUGUAAGAUACAUAAUCAUAGUAAAACCAUUUUAAAGUGUACGUUUAUAUGUUUGGGUAUUAAAUAUUCACAUUAAAAUUUGUCAUACAACAGAUCAAUUGAAACUGUAAAAUAAUGGUGUAAAACACUUAAAUUUGAAGUUAAAAAUGAUAUGAUUUAAUAAGGCCAUUUGUUCGUUGAAUCCAGCACAUUAUAACUGCCCUCAUGAAUUGCAAUAAACAAAUAUUCCGUUGCAA